AUGCAAUAUGCCUUCAUUCAACCAGAUCCAACCGGCAUCAUGUCCUACACAUAUAAGUCUCUCCACCCUGCCUCCGUCCAAAGCACUUCUCCAGGUCAGCUACAGGUGUCUUCACUGAGAUUCUCCAGGAAGCUGAGCCUCUCUGCAGGUCAAAGCCAGUGGGUUUCUCUGCCACGUGGAUCCGAGCUGCAGAAGCAAUCUGUUAAUGAAAACUCAGCGGUUCAAAUCUCCUCCACUGCUGCGAUCUCUGUGGUCUCCUUCAACCGCCGCUUCGCCACAGGAGAUGGCGCCGUGGUUUCCCCCACAGAGCAGCUAGGUACUGACUACUUCGUGUUCACACCCUCAGGAGGCAAUCCGAGCAUGGACAAGCUUGUGGCUAUUGUUAAUGGCAAGAGCCAGAAUAGGAUCACCAUCUUACCUGGUGCUGAUGUGUCACUGAGAAAUGAGAAGUGGAAGCAUGGGAAGGCGAUGACCAUACAGCUGGCACCAUACGCAUCUUACCUUUUACGAGGUCACACAACUUUGACGGGCACAAGGAUCCAAUCCCAGAAGCCUGUAGCGGUGUUAGCAGGCCACCAGUGUCUGUCCAUGGGUGGGCUCUGUGAACACGUGUAUGAGCAGCUGCCCCCGGUCCACAGCCUGGGUAAAGAUUACAUGGUGCCCAAGACUGGCAGCAUGAAGACCACAAACCAGGCAGUGAUAGUCGCUGUUGAAGACAACACUGAGUUGACUCUGGACUCAAGAAAACAGAAGCUCGCAAAAGCUGGACACGUCAUCCUGCAAAAACUGACCUACAAACGUCCACUGGUUGUCAAGAGCAACAAGAAAGUAAUGGUGCUGCUUCUCAGCGACAACCGUCCAUAUGACCCUUUCCUGAUAACGCUGAUCCCUACAUGCAAGCUGUCCACUGAUUGGGCGGUGGAGACAGUGGGGGGGCUUCUGAAUACUGUGUCCAUUCUGUCAGAGAAGGAGGGGGCAGCCAGUGUGAAGGUGUGUUGGUCAGGAAGGUGCAUAUCACCUCGGUGGAGUAGCCUCCUGACGGACAAGCACUGGGUGUGGUCCAAUGUAGAUGUGGGGCAUCAGCAGAGCCAUGUGAGGGUGGAGGGGGACGCCCUUAUGGCAGUGUACGCCUAUGGAGGGAAGCACCGCCAUUCAUACGGCAUUGCAGGAGUUUGUUCUGAAGGUGUCACCCCUCCCACACCUCCACCGGACCCUUGUGAAAAGGUGAAAUGUCGAGUAAAGGAACGUUGUGUGAAAGGAGAAUGUGUCCACGUUUCUACAGCAACCUGCCGUGCGGUCGGUGACCCCCACUACCGCACAUUUGAUGGCCGACGCUUUGACUUCCAGGGUACCUGCACAUACAUUAUGACAACAGUUGCAAAGAAGGCGUCUGACCUCAGGGAAUUCACUGUGACGACCAAGAAUGACCACCGAGGUAACCGCCGAGUUUCAUUUGUGAGGACUGUUGGAGUCACCGUUUACGAGCAAAACAUCACCAUCGGCCGACACAGGUCACAAGUGGAGGUCAAUGGAGAGUUACAGUACUUGCCUGUCAGUUUGUUUGGGGGUAAGGUCUCUGUGAAGCAGAGUGGAGCCUAUGCUACCCUCACCACUGACUUUGGCCUGAAUGUCAGAUAUGACUGGAACAUGAGGCUGUACAUCACAGUACCCUCGUCCUACCACCAACACCUGGGGGGCCUCUGUGGAAACUACAAUGGAGACAUGACAGAUGACCUGCCAGAAGCAAAGGACUCCAGUGUCCCUACUGUGCUGAAAAUGAUCCGGAAGUGGAAGGCCGAGGACUCAGAUCGGUUCUGUGAUGAUAACUGCGCUGGUCGCUGUCCUCAGUGUUCAGAAAAGCAGCAGGCCCACUUCCGUCUGCCCAGACUCUGUGGGGUCCUGACAGAGGCCAGUGGAUCUUUUUCAGCCUGCCACAAACAGGUGGACCCCUCUAUGUACCUGGACAACUGUGUCUAUGAUGUCUGUGUCAAUAAAGGUGCAAGGCGGGUUCUCUGUGAUAACCUGAAGAGUUAUGGUGAUGCCUGUCAGUCAGAAGGAGUGAAAGUCAACCCUGAGUGGAGAAUGGUUGCCAAAUGCUUCCUCUCCUGUCCAAAGGGCAGCCACUAUGAGGCGUGCGGCCCCUCCUGCCCUGCCUCGUGCUCAGAUCCACACAGUGAGACGCAGUGUAAGGACCCCUGUGUGGAGGGCUGCCAGUGUGAUAAAGGCCUGGUGAUUAGUGGAGACAGAUGUGUUCCUCAGAAAAGAUGUGGAUGCCAACAUAAAGGCAGUUAUUACCCACCAGGCAAAGCUUUCUGGGCUGAUAACACCUGCACUACAAAGUGUGAAUGCAUUCGAGGGAAAGCCAAGUGCAAAUCAGUCACCUGUAAGAAGAAUGAGCUCUGUGCUCUGAAGGAGGGAGUGAGGAACUGCUACCCAGCAUCCUUUGCAACAUGCAAAGGCACCGGAGACCCCCACUACCGAAGCUUUGACCAACGGCGCUUUGAUUUCCAGGGCACUUGUACCUAUGUCCUGUCUCAAAUCAUCAAGGGAUCAGACAAGGAUCUGGAGCGGUUCCAGGUGCUGGUCCAGAACGAGAACCGAGGGCGUAACAAGGCUGUGGCCUACACCAAGUCCGUGUCUCUGACUGUGUUUGAUGACAUCACUGUCAGCAUGAGUCGUGGCAACGCAGGGAAAAUACUGGUCAACAGCCAGCCUGUAAACCUGCCUUACUCCAUGGAGGAUGGAAAGCUUUCCCUGUACCGGCAAGGCUACUUUGGCGUGGUGACAACAUAUUUUGGUUUGACGCUCAGGUUCAACUGGAACAGCUACGUAAGCUUGACUUUGCCCAGCACAUACUCUUCAGCUACAGGAGGCUUGUGUGGAAAUUACAAUGGUAGACCUGGUGAUGACUUACUGAAACCGGAUGGCAUCCUGGCUAACCACAUUAACAUCUUUGGACACAGCUGGAAG